AUGGCUGUUGGAGUUAUACAUAACCUAAUCCCGCACAAAGUGAUGUGUACAUUUUGGAUGGUGUUGUUUGCUACACACGUGCACGUCAACGGUUAUCGCACGCAUUGGUGGAAGCCGGACAAUCAUAAUUACAAUCACAAUCAAAUCGGGCAGUAUCAGGAUGGUGGCGAUAGUUAUCAUCCACCGCCUGACCACGGGCACGCUUACGUGCACGACUCGAGGAUACCGAAGGACAUCAUGGUGGACGUUAUUAAUAAUAUGGGAUUAGCGCUGCUGGAAGCUCAUAAUGAACACAAUGAAAACAACAUUGCCAUAUCACCCUACGGAGCAACAAGCGUCCUCAUCGCAAUAUUAGAAGGUUUGGCCGGUGAAGCGGCCUACGAAAUCAAAAUAGCCACACAACUGCCACCAGAUUUGUCCGUCGUGCGCAUCGGACUACGAGACAUUCACCGCCAUCUCAAGAGUUAUUUCAUACCGAAAGAAGGUUUCCUCGCUGGCCUAACCCUGAGUCACGACAAUAUCACGCUAAAUCGCGAAUACCAAAGCAUCCUGAAGUUCUACGGCUACGACAUCGACUCGUUUAACAAUCCGGUGUAUCCUGAUAUCUACGACUCCACUACCAGUCGCAGGCCGGCAGUCACCAUGACCACAGGAAAGAUGAAACCAACAACGACAAUGCCGCCGUCGGAUAUGACUACAACUACAGAACUACCGGAAACGACGACCUUGGAAUCGAUCAGUACUAUUAUCGAUAAGCUCACCAGUACACUGCCUAUGGAUGGUGAUGUUACAGAAAGUACAACAACUGGUACCACCACAACUGAAAGUGUUACUAGUACAAAAAGACCCAAAACUACUAGAAAGAAAAGACCAAGAACUACCACUGAAAUGCCUUCUACUACACUAUUACCAUCGCCUAAUGAUGAAGAUGUAGAAGGUACCACUACGAAAAAAUUACCAACAAGAAGUUAUACAACCGAAGCGAUUGAUGUUACUGAUCCAGAAGGACGUACAGAAACAUUUUAUUCUAUGACCACAACGCUUAAAAGUGCUGAGAGUGAAGACCGGUCAGAAAUACCAACAGAAACUGAUGUGGUCACAGAUACCACGUUGACUUCCAUAACCAAAGAGGAAUUUAAAAGUACCUCGGCAAGUUAUGAAAGUGAAAGUGAUGAUGAGCCUGGUUUUCGUACCGAGGAAGAGUUUGAUUUUAGUACAAUCAGAAUACCAACAAGUCCUGAUGGUGUCACUGCCAUAUCAUCGUUUAAAACAACCAAAGGGACAUUUUUUGAAGCUACAACAUAUUUACCAAGUAGAACUAGUACAAGUGGUACCACAACUGGUGUACCUUCAAUCACGGAAGUUUUUAGACCAAGUACACCUCUCACAACAACAGAAAACAGUGACAUUACCCUUGCAUAUGAAAUCCCGGAGGGUAGUACCUUGAAAUAUGAGUCAACCACAUUUGAAGGUACCACAUUUUUUGCAAUGGAAACAACUUCAGCGGAAACCAUAACUGCAACCACUGAUAAACCAAGAACCCCCACAACUAUUACUCCUGGAGUAGUGGGUACCACACAAACAGAAGAGUUUGUAACCUUCACUGAGCGUGACAAUGAAAUUUUUUCGGAACUUAACCAGAAACUCACAAAAACAGAAACAUCUUCAACUAUAACCACCACAAACACUCCAGUUUCAGAAAUUACUUUCACAACAACAGAACCAAUGACAGCUUAUACUCAAACACAAAAUACUGAAGCCACAAGCCUCGAGGAUAAAAUCCUAGGUGAAAGAACUUUUCCUGGUAAACCCCAAAACACCUCAUCGUUUAAAAUAGCAGCAAAAAUAAUAACCACAGAAAAACAAACGCGAAAGAAACGUAGUGUUAUUGAUUAUCUCAUUGCAAGAUACUACGAUGAUUAUUACAUCAAUAAUAAUCGACGUUAUCUUCCAAUGAGCACACCAAAGACACAUUAUUUCAAUUAUCAACCUGAGGAACCAUACACGUUUCUGGUAAACGGUAAACAUAAAGAGACGAAUAUAAGUUUCAUGACUUACGAUACAAUCCUGCCGUUCUAUUACAUCCGCUCGUUGGACGCGAUGGCGUUGAGUUUUCCACUCGACAGCAAUAUGUAUUAUUUACUGCUGGUGCUACCGCUGGAUCCGCAUGGCAUUGAUAAGCUCGUCUAUGAAAUGAGGAAGGCCACGAGCUUACGCAACAUUGUUGAGAAGCUGCAGUAUACGCACGUCAAGGCUGUUAUUCCAAGUUUUAUGUUGAAGGGUUACGUUGUUUUAACGCCAACUCUACAAAAGUUGUGUAUACGGAAAAUCUUUGAACCACGCCAUGCGAAUUUUUCACCGAUGACGCCGGAGCGAAAUUUGUACGUGACGAACAUCGAACAGGCGGUGACUGUAACGAUACGAAAUUACGUCGAUCCUGCCAGCCACUCGGCACGAAAUUUGGAUCAUUAUCGACCAACAGAGUUUCGUGCUGAUCAUCCUUUUCUUUACUUCGUCAUGGAUAGCCAGAUACACGUGAAUUUAAUGGCGGGUAAAAUAAUAAAUCCGCUAAAUUCACGAAUCAGAUAAACAUUUGUGUAUAAAACGAUUGAUACUAAAGCAAUGAUGUGAAUAAUAUUUAAGUUUAGUUAAGAUUGCAAUAUGUAUUAAACUGUCAUUAAAUUAUUUUAAGUACUUUUAAGGUCUUUAGCAGAUAUUGUACCUAUGUUAUUGCUUCUAAAAGUUAAUAUAACAACUUUGAAUAUGUUUCUAAGGUAACAGCUGACACAUCAUGCACGUUGACAUUUCAUAACCAUUUUCUAAUCAUUUGUAAAUUUUGGUACAGCAAUUAGCACGUAUUCAAUAUCAAAAAAUGGUUCUUGGUGCCUUUUAUGACUUCUUUGGGCGCAACUUUUCGGAAUGUCGAUGCCGACCCGAACCGAAAGGAGAUCCACUUGAAUUUAACCCAGGGGCGGCUAUAAAUCUUGGAUAUACCUGGCUAAGCUUCUUUAAGAGAUUAACAGUGCCACCUUACGCCGCCGUUCCCACCCCGCCCUGCAAGCCACCAUGCAGACGUAAAUGCUGUAAAAACCGACGAAAUCCACAGCCAUGCAAUGUUCUAUGCAAAAGGAAACGCAAGAAGAACGCAAAGCAAAAGAGUUGUGGCAAUCCUUGCUGCAGUCACAAGCCAUCGAACCGUUAAUAUAAUCCACUAGGAACACAAAAUACGCCUACUCAAAUAAAUAGCACUGAUGGCAACGCAAUAAUCAAUGAAGUGGUAAAAACAAAAUUUUAUGUUGUCAUGACUAAUGAUAUUGAAUAAAUAAAUUAACGUCAAAUUCAUAAAAACGUGUCGAAGAAGGUCGUCAAAAAUAAUGUGACGUCGUUUUUAUAUUUCGUUCGUGUUUGUGCAAACGCACUUUUGUCAUACUUGUCUAGAAUUCGUGAAAAAAAAAACGUUAGAAAACCGGGGCGGGCAAACAAAUCAAAUGCUUUAAUCAAUUUUGCAUAUUUUAACUGGGGAAUUAAAUUUGUGGGAUUGAAUCAGCCAAAAUUAAUUCAUAUUUUACUAGUUUAUAAAACGGAGUUAGAUUGAUUAAAAUUUUGUACGUUUUGAACUCAUUGGCAAUAUGUUUUCCUGGCUAUAUCGAUGGUGGUGGCGUAACGAUGAUGAGGAAGAUGAAGAAUGUGAAGAUGGCGACGAUGAAGUUAAUUUGGCUGCACGAUUAGGCAUUUUUUACAUUCAGUUGUUCCAGAAAUUAUUGAUACCUGCACAUGUGAGGGAAUCGAAAUAUGCCAACCAGAAUCCUUAUCAUCGCAUCUUCUAUAACCCGAAUAGCAAUCCGCCAACCAAACGCGGAUAAUUUGUCAAAUUAAAGAGUACUCACCCCAACGGCCGCGUAGAAGUAUAAAACUAUGUCCAUAAAAAUAAAAAUGUAACUGUUAAACUGACACUGAAGAAUAAAUUACUCGACUUUCAA